AUGGAAAUUGCAGAUGUAGGAUAUACUAUAUCGGAUUUUCCAUUCGUCGUUCGCAUACUCCUUAUAAAGAUAGCGCAAAAUAGUACAAGAUGGGGAAGGCAUAGUAAUGAUCCAUUGCAAAUUCUUAACAACCCAAAAACAAUAAUUUCUGAUGUGCACCUUACUACACCUACAGACCGCGUAAGUCUCGGGGCAUUAUCUAAUCAUGGCAAAGGCACUCUAGGUGCGGAAAUCGGAACAGGAAAAUGGGGAGCUAGAGUCAGUAGUUCUUUAAAUAAUAACGAUUUUAAAUACACACGUGGUGCGACGUCAGUACCGAAAUUUGUUGCUGGAAGAAUUAUAAUGGAGCAUCCGAGUGGUAACACAGGUCGAGAAUUCGCCAAUUUGAGAGAUAGUUUGAGAAACUGA